AUGGUUUUGGAAACUAGAAUAGCUAUUUUUGUUUUUUGGAUUUUUCUCCAAGUUCAAGGGACCAAAGAUCUCUCCACUAAAAUUUACUAUUCUGAAACUAAAGACAUAGACAAUGCCCCAAGAGUUGAAACAACUGAGAGUACUGCAAAAAUGUACAAAGUGUCAAGCAUGAGACAAAUAUUCGAUCUGGCAAAGCACCGAACAAAAAGAUCCACAUUUUUCCCGGCUGGGGUUAAAGUCUGUCCGCAGGAAUCCAUGAAACAGAUUUUAGCCAGUCUUCAAGCUUAUUAUAGAUUGAGAGUGUGUCAGGAGGCAGUAUGGGAAGCGUAUCGGAUCUUUCUGGACCGCAUCCCGGACACAGGGGAAUACCAAGACUGGGUCAGCAUCUGCCAGCAGGAGACCUUCUGCCUCUUUGACAUUGGGAAAAAUUUCAGCAGCUCCCAGGAGCACCUGGAUCUCCUUCAGCAGAGAAUAAAACAGAGAAAUUUCCCUGAGAGAAAAGGUGAAAUAUCCCCAGAGGAGACAGUAGGAAUGCCUGGAGACACUCUUCCUUUUUCUACAGAUGUUGCCAGCAUCUCCCUCGGGCCCUUGCCUCUCUCUCCUGAUGAGACACUCCUCAACGUCACCCAGAUGCCUAUACAAAGAGAAACAGAAUUCACUGAGCUACCCAGGGGCCCACUGGAGCAGAAGGUGGAGCUGAGCAUCUCUCUGGCCAACCGGAGGUUCAAGGCGGAGCUCACUGACCCCCAGUCCCCGUAUUUCCAGGAGCUGGCAGCAGAGUCUCAGCUUCAGAUGCAAAAGGUAUUUAAGAAACUUCCAGGAUUCAAAGAAAUCCAUGUGUUAGGAUUUAGACCAAAGAAAGAACGAGACGGUUCAAGCUCCACAGAAAUGCAACUUACGGCCAUCUUUAAGAGAGACAAUGCAGAAGCAAAAAGUUCUGCAAGUGACCUCUUGUCUUUUGAUUCCAACAAAAUUGAAAACGAAGGAGUCCCCCAUGGAACGAUGGAGGAGGACCAGCAAACAGAACUCUAUAUCACAGCUUUAGACCUCAAAAAGCUGAUCAGCAGAGCACUAGAGGAAGACCAAUCCUUGGAUGUGGGGACAGUUCAGUUCACUGAUGAAAUUGUUGGGCCAUUGCCAGGCCCGGAUCCUGACGCCCAAUCAGGGCUUCCAGUGCUCCUUGCUGAUAUCACAAAGGAUGCCACUUGGAGUCCAGAACUUCCUCUUGGUCAACCCAGGCUUGAGGCAGCGGACAGCACUGCACACGGUCUACCUGAUGGUUCUGGGUCUUCACCUACUAUGGCCUCUACCUCCCUAUCAGAAACUCUACCUUUCUUUACUGCUUCGAGCAUCUUCUCUCUGACUGAUCAAAGUACCGUCGACAUCAUGUCCAUUGACCAGACAGUACAAAGCCCUGGGCUACCCAUGUCCACAGGUGAUUAUUCUGCCAUCAAUCAGUCAGCUCCAGAAAUUUUAUAUUCACCUGCUCCUUCAGAAGACAGCAGGGCGAGUACACACAGUCGAGAUAUAGUCAGAGACUUCGAUGGAAUGGAGCUGUCUAGCAUGCCUGCCGCCUCUGAGGUACCAGGACUCAGUGGAUAUGUUUCCAGCCCGGAUCAUUUCUUGGAGAAUACCACUCCAGUCCCAACUUCACAGUACAUCACCACUAGCUCUAUGACCGUCGCCGCCAAGGGCCAGGAGCUGAUAGUGUUCUUCAGCCUGCGUGUCGCCAACAUGCCCUUCUCCAAUGAUCUAUUCAAUAAGAGCUCUCUGGAGUACCAAGCUCUGGAGCAACGAUUCACACAGCUGCUGGUUCCAUAUCUACGAUCCAAUCUUACGGGAUUUAAGCAACUCGAAAUACUGAACUUCAGAAACGGGAGCGUGAUCGUGAACAGCAGAGUGAGGUUCGCCAGGUCGGUGCCAUAUAACCUCACCGAGGCAGUGCACGGGGUCUUGGAGGGUUUUCGCUCGGCGGCAGCCCAACAGCUCGAUCUGGAAAUAGACAGCCACUCUCUCGACAUUGCGCCAGCUGAUCAAGCAGACCCCUGCAAAUUCCUGGCCUGCGGAGAAUCCGCGCAGUGUGUGAGGAAUGAGCAAACCGAGGAAGCCGAGUGUCGCUGCCGACGGGGCUGCGAGGGCCAGGGGCGCCUGGACGGCGGGGACGCGGGCCUCUGCGCCCCUGGAGAGGAAUGUGAGCUCCCUGCAGGUGGGUCGGGCACACUAACGUCACCAGAUCACUCUAAAAAUCAAGCAAAUGAAACUAGCUAAAAACUAGUGCUAUAUGAGCAAAAUAACAAGGUAACCAGGAAAAGAAAUUCUGAAUUACAGACUGUAGGAUAUGAAGAAUUUAACCAUUAAGAUUGGGAAGGAAAUUAA